AUGUCUGACAUGAUUCACCUAACUGAAUAUCUCUUCCGGCGUCUCCGUGAGGCCGGCUUGCAGGCCGUCCAUGGAGUCCCCGGCGACUACAAUCUCCUGAUGAUGGACUAUAUUGUCCCGGCUGGGCUGGAGUGGGUUGGGAAUUGCAACGAGCUUAAUGCCGGCUACGCUGCUGACGGGUAUGCGCGAAUCAAAGGCAUCGGUGCCCUAGUCACAACCUUUGGCGUAGGAGAGCUAUCCGCCAUAAACGCCGUCGCGGGCUCAUAUGCUGAAAUGGCCCCGGUCAUUCACAUUGUUGGGACGCCGAAGCGUGCGAUGCAGACGCGAGGGGCUAAGCUUCAUCAUUCCGUGUGCAGUGGGAAACCAAGCGAUUUCACCAUGUUCGCAGAGAUGUAUUCUAAGAUCACGGUGGCACAGGAGAAUCUUUGGGAUGCUUCGACAGCCCCUGGCCAGAUUGACCGGCUAAUACGGGAAUGCAUCAUUCAAUCUCGGCCGGUGUAUUUGCAAGUGCCGGUGGACAUGGUUACCGAACCCGUCCCCGCCGUAGCUCUUGCUCGGCCUCUAGAUCUCACUCCACCCGUCAACGACCAGGAGGCUGAGCAGGAGGUGUGUGAUAUCAUUGUUGAGAGGAUCAGUAAUGCAAGGCAACCAUUCAUCUUGAUAGAUGCCGGAACAUCCCGCUACGGACUAGCUAAUGAGGCGGAUGAGCUGGUGAGAGCGACAGCGUUUCCAACUGCGACAACACCGUUCGGGAAGGGGAUCACAGAUGAGACUCUACUGAAUUUCCACGGUAUCUAUGCAUCGUUAGGAGAAGGGACCUAUGUGUCAUACGUCGAAUCCUGCGAUCUGAUUAUCAAUAUCGGACCCGUGCACAGCAAUGUCAAUACCUCCUGUUUUACCACAAUUCCCAACCCCAACGUGUCCAUUGUGUUCGACCAGACCUGUAUCACCAUCGAUGGUACGGUCUACAAUAUCUUCCCCAAAGGUGUAUUGAAACGGGUCCUCGGUCAUCUGCAGGACACUAUGCUCUCCUUCUGGCCAUACCCAAAGUUACCGCAUCAACGAGCUGCCCUAAAGCGCAUCCAACCAGUCAUCAGCACAGGCGCCCUGACACAAGACAUUUUCUUCAAGCGGAUAUCUCACUUCUUCCAGCCGGGAGAUAUAAUCCUCACAGAAACUGGCACCGCAAGUAACGGUGGGCGGGACUUCGUCUUUCCUCGAAACGUGAGCAUGAUAAACUCCGGCGUCUGGCUGUCGAUCGGCUACAUGCUCGGUGCCGCACAGGGGGUAGCCCUAGCUCAACGAAACAUGGGCUCACAAGGACGGACAAUCCUUUUCAUUGGUGAUGGCAGUUUCCAAGUAACGGCGCAAGAGCUGAGUACCAUUAUUCGGAAGAAACUGAGUGCCAUUAUCUUCGUGAUUAACAACGACGGGUACACCAUCGAACGCUUGAUUCAUGGAAUGAAUGAAGAGUAUAAUGAUAUUGCAAUGUGGCGGUAUCUUGACUCUCCUUCUUAUUUUGGGGCUCCCUCUGAUGAUUCAUAUCCUGUGUUCACUGCGAGGGUGCAAAAUUGGGGGGAGCUUGAUGGUGUUUUGUCGAGAGAGAAUUUUCAGCGUGGCCCGGGGCUGCGUAUGGUGGAGUUGAUGAUGGGUGUCUCGGAUUGUACGGAGUCUUUGAGGCUUUUUCUGCGGAUGUAUGCUUCCAGGAAGGAGUAA